AUGUUCCAAAGGAUAAAAGCAUCAAUUGAUUCGGCUUUGGAACAGGAGCAAGCCAGAGCUCGAGCUUCUCAAAGCUCACCUUCAAGGUCUGGACCUGGUGCUAGGAGAGUCGCAAAUAGAGCCAUCUCUCCCAACAGAAGAAGUAGUCGGCCGGUCUCACGCGAUCGGCGAGAUGGCUCCAGCAAGGGUCCAGAUCCUGCAGACUUCGAAGCAGCAUUCGUCAUUGAUGAGGAAGAGCUGAGCAGGGCAGGCACUCCUAGACCAGCGCAAGAUACAGAAGAGCAUGAAGACAGCACGGAUCGACGAUCCUCAAACGCAAGGCUACGAGAGGAAGGACUGGUGACGCAGGAAAACGGAGGAGACUCCGAUGCUCCAACGCCUGAGCUACCAAGUGAAGUUCGCAUGAAAUUGAGAAGACUUGAAAAGCUCGAGGGCAGAUAUCAGGAGCUAUUGCGAUCGUACCGGAUAGCUCAUGCUCCCUUCAUUGAGUACCUGAACCAAGUCAAUCUGAAAGGUGAUAUGGUGUUAGAUGAGCUCAGGCGUGUUUCGAAUGAAAGAGACUCAUUCAAGCAAAGGCUCCAGGAAGCUGAAGAGAAGACACGGGAGGCAUAUGAUGAGGCUGCUAAGCUUCGACUGGAUAAGCCGUCUGAGAAAGUUUCCGAGGAUGAAAGUGACGAAUCUAAAAGGAGAGUUGCGCGCCAGAACGAAGCCGACGCACAGGAUAUGAGUGAAGGGGAUCCCCUUGGUGCGACGAAGAAAUCGCCGCCUUCAUCAAUCAAGUCACCCACCAUUGGCAUUCCUAAGUUAUCCCUUUUUUCUCCAAAGCUGAAAUCAAUGGCUUCACCAAAGUCUCGACAGGGUUCUGAAGACCUCUUUUCCUACGACGGCGAAUUCCCCAGACUGGAAGGAGAAAUUCAAUCGAAGCAAGAGAAGAUUGAGAGCCUAGAGAAUGACGUCCAGAAGCUCAAGACCGAUCUUUCGGUUACACGUGAAUCAACACAAAGUAUGGUCCAGACUCUCGAGGAAGCAACCAGAGAGGUGAAUUCUAUGAGGGAAAGCAGGGACAGAUCGGAAGCCGACGCAAGAGAGCAGCAAGACGCGCUGGAGAGGACUGUCUUAAAGUUACGAGAAGAUAUUCAAGCCGCUGAAGCCAAGUCGAAGCACACUGAACAGACCCAAAGCUCGACCAAUAACGAUCGAAUCGCAGAGCUUGAAAGCCUACUGGAGUCGACCAAAUCAGAGCUCGAAGAAUUACGUGCUUCAAUGGCUCAGAGCGAAGAGAAGAUAGAGGAAUUAGAUGCGCUACGGCGCAAUGUGAGUCAGCUAGAAGCCCAACUUUCAGAAGCCAAAAAAGAUCAUAAGCACAGCCAGAGCCAAGCAUCAAUCUUUGAAGAGUCAGCAGCGGCACUUCGUUUACAGCUUCGGGAUGCUGAAGCAAAGAUUCAAGAAAACACCAAGAGCCUAGAAAAGUCAUUGAAGGCGGGCGAGAAAGAUGAGAACGCCACGGCACCACCUCAUACCCAGGGUUCAGAGCAGCCUACAGCCAUUCAAAAUGCACCUACAGGCCCGAAGAAGAACAAGAAGAAGAAAAAGAAGGCCGGGAAACCGACGGCAGGGGAAACUAGAGAUGCAACAGACCAAGUAGACCAAGAAGACAAAGCUGCGCCGGAGCUAACAACGACUGAUUCUACGGUCCAGGGAGUAACGAGUGAUGGACUCCAACAAGAGAUUGCACGGUUGCAAGCUCUCCUCGAAGAGAAAGAUACCAUGCUUCACAAGUUACAAUCCAAAAUGAGUGACCAGGAAGGACUUCAAGAGGAGAUUGAGACACUCCGAGAUGACCUGGUUAAUGUUGGUCAAGAGCACGUAGAGGCAAAAGACCAGAUAAAGGAACUCAAGGCACAGAAAAGUGCGUUAGAGGAGACAGUCAAAGAUCUCGAAAAGGAACUCGCUGAGACUAGAGGAGCAAAUGAAAAUGCUACGGCUGGAUCUGAACAGAAACACAAAGAUCUAAGCGCUCAUUUUGAAGAAUUGAAAGUGAAGGCGACAACCCUGCAGACGGAUUUGUCUGCCGCACAGCACCUAGCCUCUUCGCGCUUCAGAGACCUCGAAGGCCUUAGAUCGAGACUUCAGAAGGCACAGCCAGAGAUUGACGCAUUGAGAGGAGAAGCAGCUGAGGUGAAAAUAGCGAAAGAAGCACUCGCUAAGAAGGAUGCGGAGUUCAAGAGACUCGAUUCCAGGCACGAAGAGAUGCGUGCUGAGGUGACGAAGCUCAGACAGACCAUGAACAAUCGUGAGGCGGAGAUCAAGUCACUGAAUCAGCUGAACAUGCAGGAGGCUAACAGUCGUGCUUCUGCCGAGGAUACAUCCAAUAGAGCCAAACAAGACUUAUCAAGGCUUGAGGUGGAAAAGCGCCAAACGACUGAGAGUAUGGAUCGAAUCUCGAAGGAGCUGGGCAAAGUCCGUGAAGAUCUAGCGCUCCAGAGGUCUCGACUACGGGAGACGGAACAGCAAUUUGCUAAGCAUCGUAAUGAUAGUGAGGGUCUCAAAGAGGAAAUUGAGCUGAAGUCUGCACAAUAUUCAAGCGCGCAAAGCUUGAUGUCUAGCAUGCGCGAUCAAACCGCAGAAAUGGCUACGCAGUUGAAGGAAGCGCGUAGCCGGUGUGAAAGCUUGGACGAAGAAGUAGCUGAGGCCCAUCGGCUGCUCAGUGAGCGGAGCCGAGAGGGCGAAACGAUGAGGAGAUUGCUCGCAGACGUAGAGAGCCGAGCAGAUGCCCGAACUAGGGAAAUGAAAGAUCGGAUGGAUGCAGCGAUUGAAGAGAGAGAUCGAGCUGAGGAAGAAGCUAGCACUUCUGCUCGGCGACGGACACGAGAGAUAGAGGAUCUUCGAAAUAAACACCGUGACCUUGAAAGAAAUCUGAAGCGAGCUGAAGAAGACAAAGAGGAACUAGAGAUUGCCCAGCGUGAUUGGAAGAGACGGCGAGAAGACCUUGAGCACCAAGCAGGACAAAGUACGCACGAAAGUGAAGAGAUUCGCAAAGCUAUGGGUGAGUUACGAGAUGCGCUGGACGAGAGUGAGAAGCAGGCCCGGGACCUUGAGAAGCAAAAGGCGGAACUCAGGAGGUCUGUGGAAGAAACGCAGCAUCGAUUAGAGAAAUUACAAAAGUCCAACAAGUCUAUGGCCGACGAAAUUGCAAAAGUGCGGGAAAGCAAACGAACAGCGACCCCAGAUGUUGGAUCUUCAAGGACGUCCUUUGACUCCCCGAAUCGACUUGGCUCGCCAGCUCCUGUACAGCGGACGCAUUCUGGCUCCAAGGCCAAUGGGGUCAAUGCAGGAUCGUCGGGAACAAUCGACUAUGCCUACCUCAAGAACGUUCUCCUGCAGUUCUUGGAGCAGAAAGACAAAAAGUAUCAGGUGCAGCUGAUCCCAGUGCUUGGAAUGCUUCUCCACUUUGACAAGUGA